AUCCGCGGAGAACCUUGGGUAAAUCGAUGGAGAAAUUAGUGCUGCUUGUCCGAAACAAACGGUUCGAGGGCAUCCUAGGAUGCAUGCAUACAUUAAGAUGGUUGCUGUUUUGGGUUUGAGAACGUUUGGACGAAUACCUACGAUGGAGGGGCAUACAUGGAUAAUUGUGGUAUAAAAGCGCUGCCAACGCCCAGAUUAAGCAUCAGUCACACAAGUGCUACCGUUAGGAAGGAAGUGCAAUUAAAACAAGAAUUCUUUAAAAUGAUUAAGUUUUCGGUAGUGGUUCUGGCAGUUGCCGGUGUUUGUUUGGCCUACGAACAUCAUGGCUUCGUGAGCGAAGUGAAGCACAUUCCGUACAAAUACUACGGUGGUGGUGAGAUUGGUGGUGGAAUUGGCGGUGGAAUUGGUGGCGGUUUUGGUGGUGAGGAGGGUGGAUUUGAGGGCGGCAUCGGAGGCGGUUUUGGAGGUGGUAUUGGCGGAGGCUCUGAGGGUGGCUACGAGGGUAAGGACUACUAUGCCUACCCGAAGUACAAGUUCGAGUAUGGAGUUAAGGACUACCACACCGGUGAUCACAAGAGCCAGUGGGAAGUUCGGGACGGUGAUGUCGUGAAGGGCGAGUACACUCUGGAUGAGCCGGACGGUUCGACUCGUAUCGUGAAGUACCACGCUGAUAGCAAGAAUGGAUUUGAGGCCAUCGUCAAGAACAUCGGCAAAGGAGGUCUCCAGCAGGAGGGCGGUUCGAUCGGUGGUGGACAGGGAGGAUUUGGCGGUGGAUAUGGAGGAUACGGAUACAGCUACAGCAAGCUAAAGAAGUUCAACUAAUUCUACGAUAAAUCCCUGUUUUCCCACGUACAAAAUGGUUCCUAGCAAAUAAAGCAAUUGUCUGAGUAUUCAAAAUUUGCAACGAAAAAGUUCAAGGUUAAGGUGGUCAGGCUUCGGUAGGUAUGGUGGCGAUGUGCCCUACCUGUUCCAUGUGUAGUGGUAGUGAAUUACAGACCGGUUCGAAUGAAAUUGUUCACCGGUGAAGCGUGGCAGUGGUUUCGCAAGUGCGAAACGCAUCGUUGAUUUCAGUUGGUUCCAGUGCAAACUUUGCGAAGCGUUAUGUCCCUCUGUAAGGGGGAGUGUUGUAUAGCGCAAGUUAAAUGUCUGGGUGAUUCGUUUUCGGCUUCCGAAUUAUGUGUAGAAAUUGCGAGGAAUUCUCAAACGAAAUGUGGAUAUCUAUUUAUCACAAUAUUUAAAUUGUGCUAUUUUUUAGUAAUUUCUUUGUUAUUCUAACUUGAUUGCUAUACUUGUGUGUACUUGGCACACUAUUUGCUUGAUAGUUUGGUGCUGGUCAUUAAGUCAAUUCUGUUAUCCUGCAACUAAGGGUAAAAAUCAUUGAGGAGUUACCUUUCCCAAUCGACGACGAACAUUGAAUGAAAUCUUUUAUCAACUACUACCAUUUAUUACCAUUUUAAGCUUCUAGGUAGUUAUUUCUUCUUCUUCUAUUUUAUGAGAAAGACUGUAUCCUAUGCUCGUUCAAACUCUUGUCCAAACUCCCAUAAUCAGAGGCUCACUUUCUCUAUUAAGACUUCGACUAUCCAUAGUCAUAUGUCUAAAGAUAGCUACUUAAAUCAGCCUUCUUAAAUAAAAAAUAAUAAUGUGAUUUUAUUUUUUAUUGUAAUUUUGGUUUAAUCUGUGGUAUUGUAAUGACUCAAAAAAAAAUAUUUUAUUCCUUUUUGUUUAUUCAACACUCUGAAGUAUCUCUCACAUUUUAAGGUAAUUUCUGAAUCCAAAGUUUGAAUUGACAUUUGCCUGUCUCGGUGCCGACACAGCCCCAAAUUUGUUUCAUUUCUUACUUCCAUAUGGUAAGUGAAUCAAAAUACAGUCUCCGGGCAAAGCACAACCUUUUGCCCGCACGGAGAAAGAAACAUUCACUCAUCCUGCUUAAAGUAGAAACGCCUACACCCCCCGAAGGGUUCUGAUUCGCCCACAUGUUCUGAUUUGGCCCGAAUUCCGAACAACACAAACGAACGCUCGCCGGCAGGUUUGUGUUUGGUUAAACUUUUUCUGCCCCAAACAGCUGGCAAGGUGAUUUAGGGCGAUUUUGGUGCGAGUUUCUUCGACGCCAUUGGCACAACGACAACAGUGUUUUAAUACACUACACCCCCUGGCUCACAUUCAUGGGAGACCCGCACGCCCGAUACACUUCCUGCAAGCAAGUGGAAAUAAAAUGCGCUCCUCACUAUGACAACUCUAAUGUAUGCGUAAAUAAACAAAACCCACCAACGUGCCGUGCCGGUGUGCCUUUUUAGACCGGAGGGUGUAUAUACAGUGUUGGUGGUUGUUUUUUUUUGUUGGGAGGGUAGUUUUGCAAAUGGGGAACGAUGGGUCGAUGGCGGUAGGCAACCAUCUUCUCUUGGUGGAUGUGGUUUUUAUCGCGCGGUACAUGUUUUCUCUCGAUUGGCGCUUGGGUACGUUCACCAACACCUUAACAUCUGGCGGCAUUUGAGGGUAGAUGUUGGUUGCUCUAUUUUUCUUGCAUUGCUAUCAAACGCACACGAGGAAAAGGCCCGAUCCUCUUAUAAUAGAACGCUCUCGCGAUCGCGGUUUCUUUCGCGGUAUAAUUUCUUGUAAAAUAUCUCGCAAAUUUGCGAAUCAAUCGAGAGGGAGAGAGAGAGAGACAUGUAGAGAAUGAGCAAAUAGUGCCAAGCAUAUUUCGCCACAAAACAGUGUGAAUAAGUGUUAUGAACUAAAGCGUACGUCAAGAGUGCGGGAGUAUUGUUUGCUUUGCCUUGAAAACGAGCAGCAAAAUUAGCAACAACAAAAUGCCUCCCGAACACGCACACACUCAGUUCCAUUUAAUUCACAUCUUUCCAUACCCCAAAAAAAAAUACACCAAGAAGGUUUGUGCGUGUGUUAGCCCGUUGGAUCCGUUCCCAGUUGCAACCGGCAUCGGUUAUUAUUUUAUCCACACGAGAUGCUAUCGAACCACGCGCCACACUCAGAAUGGUACGUAAUCCAUUCAACCUUGGUGGGGGGAUGUGCUUGUUGUUUUUU